AUGUACCCCUCUCGUGUCCUGCGCAUGCAGCCCACCCGGGCCUUCUACAGCCCCGCCCCCAAGGAGGCUCAGAGCGCCCACACCAUCUCCCAGCGUCUGCGCAUGAUCAAGAAGUGUCCUCCCGAGCUGAUCCCUCUCGGUAUCGUUCUUGGCGUUGCCGUCGGUGCUGCCAUCUACUCGAGCACCAAGAAGCUCAUGACCGACAAGACCCUGCGUCUCUACCGCAACAGCCCCGAGAGCCGCGAUCACUAA